AUGAUGAUUUUUGCUUACGAUAAACUUGGGAUAAUUGUCACUGUUCGAGUUCCAAUUGGCAGUAGUGUAACCGGGGAUUACUACAAAACAUUCCUUGCCAAAAAAUUGCGACCAGAAAUCCGUAAAAAGCGACCAGGAAUGUUACAAAAUGGUGUGUCCAUAUUGCACGAUAAUGCGCGGCCGCAUAUCGGAGCACCAGUCGUCGCUCUUUUGGAGAAAUAUGGAUGGGAACGCCUCAAACACCCACCGUAUUCGCCGGAUUUAAGUCCCCCGGACUUUGAUUNGAUCCGUGAACUCAACAAAGAUGGCGUCCUAUGCGGCAUUCAAGCGCUCCCGAAACGAUGGCAAUCGUGUAUAGACAAGCAGGGAGAUUAUAUCGAAGGCCUAUAA